AUGACCGGACACGAAAAUCAUUGUCUCCUGAUCACUUGUGAUUUUGCAAUGAUUGCAAAGUGUCUUGAGAGCUUUACCAGUAGCUUUAGAGGUUUUGGCAUUGUCAGGUACAAUCAAAACUGGUGUGCGUCAUCUUCCUGUUGAUGAUCUUAGCAGAACCCACCAAGUGGGAUCCCGCAAUCUCACAUUUCAGUUUUGGAAAAAAUCUAUUUACUGGGUAUUCUGGACUUUAAAUUCUCUAUUCAUAUGUUUCUCCUAUGGUUAUGGUUAUAUUAUACUAGAAAUGAUGUGAAUCACAUUCUCUUCACAGACUUGACAGAACUAUGCAAGAUAUUGUUUACAAGCUCCUUCCAAGGAUUGAAAGGGGUGAGCUAGCAUUAAGAGUAACAUGGUUAAUAUUAAUCCGGAUUGUAAAGCAGUCGGCCUUUUUGCUAUGGACUUCAGCAAAGCUUUUGACUCUGUGAAACAUGAACUUCUUGCUAGUAAAUUAAAAAAGCUCCCACUGAAUCCAUAUAUUACCAAUUGGUACUUGAACUUUGUAAAGGAUAGAAAACAAAGGGUAUGUUGAAACAACUUUGAGUGUGACUGGAAACCGGUCAACCAAGGGACAACUCAAGGUAGCGUUAGCGGUCCUUACCUUUUUAAUAUCUUCCUCAAUGAUCUUAACAUCACUUUAGGUAAUCAUGACGCGCUAUUUAAGUACGCUGAUGACUCGACAAUUAUUGCUCCUGUAUGGAAGGAGGUAGACUACUCCGAUCAGUUAGUGUCACAGUUUUUAGAUUGGACGAAUACAAAUGGAAUGUCUUGCAACCCAAGCAAAUGUAAAGAGUUGACGAUCAAAAAGAGAGGCAACCACGAUCUCUAUUCACCCAUUGGGAUGAUACCAAGCUGUAAAGAAGUUGAGAUUUUGGGCGUCACCUUCCAAUGUGACAGCAAAUUUUCAGUGCACGUGAAGAACAAACUUAUUAAAGCUAACAAAUCCCUACAUAUCCUUAGAACGCUGCGCAAAGAAGGGUACAAUCAGUCAGAAAUAGACCUUCUCUUUAAUACUAUAGUUCUACCUAAUAUUAAUUACGCAUUAUCUGUCUACGCCGCGUCCGAGUCCGAUCUUACACCCGUACAAUGUUUCUUAGACCGCUGUUUUAAAAGGAAAUAUACGUCUAAGCCUGUAAGUGUUUAUGAUUUCUUUAUAGAGAGGCAAGACCGUAAAAUUUUCAAAAAAGUUUUUAAUGCCAAAGGACAUCCACUUUUAUCUAUUAUGCCUCGUGUUAAACCCUCCAGCUACAAUCUUAGAAAAGAAACUAGUUUUAAACCUAAGAUUAACACUAUGCGCUUUAAAAACUCUUUUAUUAAUCGUUUAGUUUUUAAAUAUGAAUUAGCUAUGUAAUAUACUAGAUAUAUAUACCGGUAUAUAUUUUUUUUUAUUUCUUACUUUUUAACUUUUUAAAUUUCUUACACUUACUUGUAACAAAAGAUAUGUAUUUUUAUCUCUUGAUGAAUAAAGACUUUAUUAUUAUUAUUAUUAUUAAUCAUUUUCAAAACUGAUUCAAGACAUUGCCUGAAAUAUCUCACAUGAAGUGAUCCUAUUAGUUUCUGUAACUGUUUCUGAUUACAUGUAGAUGAUACAAUUAAUUGAACCUUUCACUUUUACCCCAAGUUUGGUCAAUGUUAUUUGGACUGAACCCAGAAUUUAAGUAAACCCAGCUACUUAUAUAACUUUGUUGAUUAGUGCAUCCUGUUUCUUUGAUUUCAGAGGAAAGGCGCAGAGAACGCAAGUUCUACAAAGAUAGGCAGAUACCAUAUCCAACCCCCAGAGGUAUUUCCGCUGAUUUUAAGAAAUGAUAAUAUUAUUAUCUGCCCAGCUUGCAGUUCUAUAAUAGUCCAUUUUCGAGUUCACUAUGACCGCUGAAUUAAAGAAGUGAAGAUGCAUUUUUUACAGCCUUAGCCUCAAUCUGAAGUAAUAUAUUCACAAAGUCCAACAAGAAAAAGACCUGUUUAUUACUCUGUCCAUUGUGUAUAUUCAAAUGAUAUUAUUUCAAACACUUACUUGCCAGAAUUUCUGAAUAUUUUACUUUACGUCAAGGCUAACCCUGUAUGAAUGUGUUGUUAAUUUUUGUAUUCAGCCGUAAUUUUUAAUUUGAAAGUGGACUAUUGUCAGUGCUUAAAAUAAUUAUAAAAUCUAUAUUUUUUUCUGUCUGUUGGGUCUGGCCCAGCUCCAACUACAUGCAUUUUCAUUUAAUUGCUAUAAUGUGGGAUCAAGAAAAUGUUCUAUAAAUUGCAAUUUAAAUUUGUCGUUUUUGCUCCUUUACAUUUACAUCACUAUCUGUAGUCAUUUUUUGUACCAUUUCUAUGGCUCUCGUGUCCAUCGCAUAUAACACAGAAAGGAAUUAUUUAACAAACAGAAGGUGGUGUCAAGAAAUAAUACUUGUUAAUUAUUGAUAGUUCUGUUUUUUAUUGUUUGUUUGACUUUUUUCUGUUGUAGCUUGUCAGACUUCAUCUGUACCAGGACCAUCAAAUGCCGUCAAGAAACAAACAGCAUCAUUACCCAAAAAAAUAAGCAAACCAAAAGUAACAAAAAGCUAUCAUAGAACAGAUGAACAAAUCUCUCUUCAACUUGAGACAUUUAGGUUAGUGAAAUAAUUGAUGAAUUAAUUUGUGAUUAAACCCUGCCUUUUAAUAAAUGUGAGAUGGAGGCUGUGUGGUAGAGUGGUUAACACCUCAAACUCUGGAUCUGGAGUUCUGGGGUUCAAGCCUCACCUGUCCCCUUGUUUCCUUAGACAAGGAACUCUACUCCACCUUGUCUCUCUUCACCCAGGUGUAUAAAUGAGUAUCAGUGGCAUACUGGGGGGGGGGAGGGGGGAGGGGGUAACCCUGUGAUGGACUAGCAUCCCGUCCAGGGGGAAGCAGCUAUACUCCAAGGUAGCUUCAUGCUAAGGAAAUCUGAAUAAGCUCCUGCUGUUUGGGCCUUUGACUCGUGUGUGCCUUUUACCUUACUUUUUUACCUUAGUUGCGAGAUUAAGUGAUACACCUGUAUAAAUUAUUUAAGUAGGCUUAAGAGAGCAUGAAACUGUCUUGAAGAUAACAUUGUUUCCAUAAAUGAAUACCUGGAAAAGAUGUAACAAAAUAAUGUACACCAAAAGCCACUGCAAGAUGUUCACUUAGAACUUUUUUUGACGAAAUAGAAUGUUAUCAGACAGUGUACAGGGCUGUGCUCUAGCAGAGCCCGGUGGUCCCUGGCGCCUAACUUUUGCCCUCAGGAAACUAGAAAAUCUCAGAUUUUUCAUACAAAUCAUAUGCUGGGCACCCUAGAUUUUACAGUUUCAGAGCACUGGGUUCCCUUCAAUUUUCCUUAAAGCACAGCCUUGGUGUAAUAGCAAGUUCGCCCAGGGGUGGUUUUUAUUAUAAACUGGGUUCUGCUGUAUUAUGUACUAAUUGAGUUCAAGGUAUGUACUGUGAGUUACAGACCAAGUUUUUUUGCCAUUGAUUUAUGGCCUCUGUGUGAAGUGCAUUAACCGUCAAUCAAUGGGGAAAAUGAGGAUCUGUAACGUUAAGUAUGGCCUGAGAGUAUGAGGCUAGUAAAAAAAUUGUUUUAUCUCAGAGGUUAAUUGGCGUGUGGGAAAGGGAACAUGUUAGGGCAGUAUACUGAAAUAUGGCCAGCAACAUUCACCAAUCACAGUGCAUGUACUUACUAGGAGAUAUUAUAUGCGUAAUAAACAUCUACUGAUAAAUUAACUGAAUCAGAUGUUUAACUCCAGUCCUCCUGUCUGAAUACAUCACUCAGACAUAUAUUUUUUUAAAAGGGCUUAUAUCGUGUGUUAAGAAGAGGCUUAAUAAAAUAUUAGGUUUCAAUUAGAUUAUUGCAUUAUACAGUAUAUCUUACAUGCCAAUUGUAAAUUGUCCAUGUAAUUAGCACUGUUUUGUGGACCUUUUUUCUGGAAUUAUCUAGCCAGCUUAGCCAGUGCGCACUCGCGUGGCUUUGCUUGCUUGUAGGCUUGAAAAUAGCGCUAUAUAAAUCAAGUGUAAUGUAAUGUAUAAAAUAUAUAAAUAGAUAUUACAGUUACUAACUAUAACUAACUUCAUUUCUAUGUGGCUGGAUGAUAAUGUUAUUGUUUACUUGUUAAAAUUGCAGAGAUGGAAGUGGUGGCCCAGCAAAAAUACAGGUAAAUGUUAACGUUGUUUCUCUUUUAGUUUUGAAAUAGGUCAAGAAGCCAUUGGAGUCUCAUAAAGACUUGUAUGCAAUAUUGAAUAAAUCAGUAUUGACGAAAGUUGAAAUAAAAGCCCAAUUGAUGCACUCUGGCUGCACUUAUUUGCACCAUAAAUGUAUCUGUGUUAUUGUUAGUUGUUGCUUUGAAUGGCUCGCUACUCUCAAAAGGGCAAAGAGGGGGGUUUAGAACUUAAAGAAUGUUAUUAAAAGGGAAAAACGUAUGCAGCGUUUAGGGAAUAAAUGGGAGUGAACUUUUUAUUUGUUGGUUGAUUAACUGAUUGAUUGAUUGAUUGACUGAUUGACUGACUGACUGACUAACUGAUUGACUGACUGACUGACUGACUGACUGACUGACUGACUGACUGAUUGAUUGAUUGAUUGAUUGAUUGGUUGGUUGAUUGACUGAUUGACUGACUGAUUCAUUGAUUAAUUGAUUGAUUGCAGCCACUUCAGAAGAAAUACAUGAGACUCUCCACACAAGUCACCAUUGGCUUAAUACAAAGAUUUUUGGCAGCUAAACUACACUUGGAAUCUGCGAACAUGGUAAAAAGAUUGUAGUUUAGUUUGUCUCUUUUAAACCUAAAUCGCUGCUCGUAAGAUGCUUCGCGCCAAAAGUGAAACACGCCCACCUGAAGCCGAAACACGCUUGUAUCACUCCGUUUUCACUCAUACUCUAGACCGUUUCAUUUUACCAGUGCUCGCAUUCAUGGCGAACGCAAAAUACGGCUUUUUUGCUGUCUACAUAUACAUCUGUCGCCAGAAAUGGUUACGGUGGAAAACAUACAAACAGUCACAUUCUUGGAAACCAAGAUACGAUAGAUAGUGAAGCAAGAGAAAAUUUCUACGAGCAGAGGGUAAGAAAUGGGUGCUGUCGAGUUUUUUCCCUUUUGGUACUGUUCCUCGCCUUACUAUAAAUUCGUUCCUGGCUUUAUGAGGAUGAAAAAACGCAUGAUUUCUACUCUGUGUAUGGAUUGCAACUUGCAGUCCGCCUUUGAAUCCGUCGACGUCUCUUCCGUGGGCAUUAGUACACCCUCGUUUAUCGCGGCUUCCGUGGGCAUCAUUACGCCCUCGUUUAUCGCGGCUCGCGGCUGAAGAGAUUACGCACAGUUUACUCUGUUCAGUAUUUACACGCCAACUUAAUUAGCUAGACGAGUCUUCUGAUCGGAUAGUGUGGUUAUUAGUUGUCCUUGAUCACAUUGUUCGUUGUACAACUGAUUGAAAAAACGUUGUCGCUUAAGAAAGAUUUGCAUCUGCACGAGCAGCUCGUGAUAAUGAAGAGCUUUGUCGAAAGAACUUUGAAUUCGCUUGUCUUAUCAACGUACAGUCAACUCUCGUCAACACGGACACCUUUGGGACCGACACUAAGUGUCCGUUUUGGAGAGAUGUCCGUCUUAUAGAGGUGUCCGUUAAGAGGGAGUCGACUGUAUACCCAUAUCGCUCAUGGUUUAUGCUUUUUAAGCGACAACGUUUUUUCAAUCAGGUAUAUUAUUUAGUGUCACUCACACACUCGUUAAUGACGUAUCCUCUGUUAGGUUGGUAUCCUGUUUGACAAAAUGGAAAAGGGGAAAGAUUUAACGCUAAAAUACAUCAGCGAAAAUCUCUGCACCCAAGAGGUAUGGUUAUUUUUCUUUUUUAACUAAAUGUUUGCUGACCAUUAGUCUCCUAUGCUGCCCCUCAUGAGGGACUUAAAGAUCGACGACGGUGAAAACGCCGCUUAAAAACUGAAUUCCCAUUUUUUUAAUCUUCAUCGCGAUGUUUCCAUCCCACUUACUUUCCACUGGAAUUGAAUUUUUAACAUCACUUUUGAGAAUAUAUGUUGAAUAGCGUACGAAACGUCAAGUUUAUAAAAAUGCGAAAACUCGCAAUGUUUAUCACCGCUGUUUGUGGUUAAUUUUUGAUCAAACUAAGAUGGCCUAAGAAUAAGAGUCUCUAUGAUACCAUAUCCAAGUUCAGAAAGAGUAGGAAAAUUUCCUCUUCGCUUGUGUACGUCUUCCAUAAUUAUAACGUGAAGUUAGGCAUCGUUUCACGUGCAGUGACGGUAAAGAAAUUACCCAGGGUGCCCGAGGUUUUUUCAUCCUAGGACUGAGAAUAUUGCUGUUUUAAUUUAGGUCAAUUUCUUGCUGAAGUCAUUGCUUAGUGCCUUAACCCAAACACAAAAUGUACCUGUUGCAUUAUGAUGUCAAACAAAUUUCACCAGGAAGCAUCAACCAUAAUAAUUAAUUGUUUUGUGAUUAGUAUUAACCCUUUAAGCCCCAGUAUCCACAUACAAAUUCUCCAAACUGAUCUCUAUACAUUUCCUUAAAGAAUGAGUUGAGAGAAUUUGAUAAAAGAUCAAGGCAUUUUUACUCGGGUGAUCAUUUUAUUAAUUCUCAUAACUUAUCUGUUCACUGAUGUAUGGAUAUUGUUAGCAGAAAAUUCAAACCAUGUCCAUCCUUGUCAUCGCAUCCGUAGCAACAGACGAGAGAAAACAGUCUCAGUGCCUGAAUAUAGUCAUAAAUAACAAAACUGGACCUUUAUUUUUGGCAUUUAAUUGAUGCGAAGACAAGUUUUAGCUGAUUAAAACGAUAGUAAGUAGCGUGACAUAGUCCCUUUAAACCUGAUGCUUUUUUGACGUUCUCGUUGCCUUCGCCGUCGUUUCAGGACCUUGAAGUCCCCAUUAUUAAGUCACGCACUGCUCCUCCCUGCAGGUGAAAGAAGCUGCCCUGUACCAAGUCGUCGCUCUCUCGAUGAAAAUCAUUCUCGUCCCCAGAGCCUCCUGUUCUCUUAGCCGGCGAUGUCUGAGCACGAGGACGAGGAGGUCCUCAGGCUCUCGUGCUCAGGGAUCCUCAGGCCUCGCCGGCUUAGGGAACGGGAGGCUCUGGGGACAAGAAUAGAUGAAAAUUCGCGCGCAAAGGAAGGGGGACGCAACCUCGUUCCCAGGGUUGUCUCCUACCUGUCCCCUUCUCGCUCCAAGGGACGGGUAGGACGGAACUCUGGGAACGAGGUUAAACGGGAAGGAGAAAACAGGCGAGAUUUUGCCCCUUUUUUCUCAUGCUUCUUUGCGCUUUGUCACCAGUCACUCGUGUGUCUCGUGUCCUCGAAAAACGAGGCCCCUUAGGAGGGGCAGAGAAAGAAGUCUUCCGAGCCUUUUUUGCCCGCACUCACACUUUUUUUUCGUUUUCAGGAAAAUUCUUCUGGACCACUGAUUCUUCAUUACAGAGCAGUGGAUGUAAAAACCUGAAUCAUUGGGCAGUGCAUGUUGUCAGAAACAGAAUAAUUUCUUCUUGCUUAGCACAGUUAAUACUCGCAUCAUGAGUGUAAAAUUUGUGAGGAUAGGAACAAGAUGUCCUUGAAAAAAUGCGUGCUCAAAAAUUUUUUAAAAGAAUUCCUUCAGCCUGCAUUCAUCGCUGCGUUACCUCCCUUCCCCCUGCCAAAAAUCUUGAUGUUGCAUUUCUGUUCAUUUCUUUACAACUUACUCGUCAUACUUUAUGGCCAAUCACACAUCUUGUUUGGAAGGAUAAAAGUGUGUUUACAGAAAAUGUUACUGAGAGUCUUUCUCUAAACCAGAGCUGGCAAAACGCUUGGCCUGACUUGGGAUAUUUAAGACCCACCGUUCCCCGUAACCCAGUGUUGACAAUAAUUUCCUACCUAAAACAAAAUGUUGUGUUUGGGGAGGGGUAGGUUGCCAGUUUCUCCAGAAUCUUACACUGAUCCAAAUCUUCCUAAGGGGAGGAAGGGAAGGAACAAUCGCCAUCUGACUUCUUCCGAAACGUGGGUCCUUUUCAAAGAAUAACCUCCCUUGAAAUGUAUGCAGUAGCUUAGCUAUUGGCCUGGGAAACAAGCGUUUCUGGAGCGUUUAAGCGGGUUUGAUGCGCCAUCAAGCGCCUCCAAAAUACGGGUGUUGCAGCCUAACGAAUCUGAAUGCUUCUGUUUUAACUGCCUCUGUACGAAUUUGUCUAGUUAGAGCACUGAAAGAGAGAAAAUCUCAACUUCCGGUUGCCAUUUUUGACUUCCGGGACGUCAACGUUGUCGUUGCGUAGGGUUAAGGGUUGGUUGUCGUUGCUAUUGGGUCAAAGGGUAGGUUUGUUAUGGUAUCUUACAUUACGUAGCACGGUCUGCAAGACCACCAAACUACUAUUAACCAAAAUGUACCUGUAGCAUUAUGAUGUCAAACAAAUUUCACCAGGAAGCAUCAACCAUAAUAAUUAUUUGUUUUGUGAUUAGUAUUAACCCUUUAAGCCCCAGUAUCCACGUACAAAUUCUCCAAACUCAUCUCCAUACAAUUCCUUAAAGAAUGAGUUGAGAGAAUUUGAUAAAAGAUCAAGGCAUUUUUACUCGGGUGUUCAUUUUAUUAAUUCUCGUAACUUAUCUGUUCACUGAUGUAUGGAUAUUGUUAAGAGAAAAUUCAAACCAUGUCCAUCCUUGUCAUCGCAUCCGUAGCAACAGACGAGAGAAAACAGUCUCAGUGCCUGAAUAUAGUCAUAAAUAACAAAACUGGGCCUUUAUUUUUGGCAUUUAAUUGAUGCGAAGACAAAUCUUAGCUGAUUAAAACGAUAGCAAGUAGCGUGACAUAGUCCCUUUAAACCUGAUGCUUUUUUGACGUUCUCGUUGCCUUCGCCGUCGUUUCAGGACCUUGAAGUCCCCAUUAUUAAGUCACGCACUGCUCCUCCCUGCAGGUGAAAGAAGCUGCCCUGUACCAAGUCGUCGCUCUCUCGAUGAAAAUCAUUCUCGUCCCCAGAGCCUCCUGUUCUCUUAGCCGGCGAUGUCUGAGCACGAGGACGAGGAGGUCCUCAGGCUCUCGUGCUCAGGGAUCCUCAGGCCUCGCCGGCUUAGGGAACGGGAGGCUCUGGGGACAAGAAUAGAUGAAAAUUCGCGCGCAAAGGAAGGGGGACGCAACCUCGUUCCCAGGGUUGUCUCCUACCUGUCCCCUUCUCGCUCCAAGGGACGGGUAGGACGGAACUCUGGGAACGAGGUUGGGCGGGAAGGAGAAAACGGGCGAGAUUUCGCCCCUCUUUUUUCUCAUGCUUCUUUACGCUUUGUCACCAGUCACUCGCGUGUCACUCGCGUUUAGCGCUCGUGUCCUCGAAAAACGAGGCCCCUUAGGAGGGGCAGAGAAAGAAGUCUUCCGAGCCUUUUUUACCCACUCUCACAACAUUUCUUUUUCGUUGUCAGGAAAAUUCUUCUGGACCACUGAUUCUUCAUUACAGAGCAGUGGAUGUAAAAACCUGAAUCAUCGGGGAGUGCAUGGUGUCGGAAAUAGAAUAAUUUCUUCUUGCUUAGCACAGUUAAUACUCGCAUCAUGAGUGUAAAAUUUGUGAGGAUAGGAACAAGAUGUCCUUGAAAAAAUGCGUGCUCAAAAAUUUUUUUAAAGAAUUCCUUCAGCCUGCAUUCAUCGCUGCGUUACCUCCCUUCCCACUGCAAAAAAUUUUGAUGUUGCAUUUCUGUUCAUUUCUUUACAACUUACUCGUCAUACUUUAUGACCAAUCACACAUCUUGUUUGGAAGGAUAAGAGUGUGUUUACAGAAAAUGUUACUGAGAGUCUUUCUCUAAACCAGAGCUGGCAAAACGCUUGGCCUGACUUGGGAUAUUUAAGACCCACCGUUCCCCGUAACCCAGUGUUGACAAUAAUUUCCUACUUAAAACAAAAUGUUGUGUUUGGGGAGGGGUAGGUUGCCGGUUUCUCCAGAAUCUUACACUGAUCCAAAUCUUCCUAAGGGGAGGAAGGGAAGGAACGAUCGCCAUCUGACUUCUUCCGAAGCGUGGGUCCUUUUCAAAGAAUAACCUCCCUUGAAAUGUAUGCAGUAGCUUAGCUAUUGGCCUGGAAAACAAGCGUUUCUGGAGCGUUUAAGCGGGGUUUGAUGCGCCAGCGAGCGUCUCCAAAAUACGGGUGUUGCAGCCUAACGAAUCUGAAUGCUUCUGUUUUAACUGCCUCUGUACGAAUUUGUCUAGUUAAAGCACUGAAAGAGAGAAAAUCUUAACUUCCGGUUGCCAUUUUUGACUUCCGGGACGUCAACGUUGUCGUUGCGUAGGGUUAAGGGUUGGCUGUCGUUGCUAUUGGGUCAAAGGGUAGGUUUGUUAUGGUAUCUUGCAUUACGUAGCACGGUCUGCAAGACCCUCAAACUACUAUGAACCAUAGCGUGUUUAGUGAUUGGCCUGGUGUUGCUCUGGUGCGUUGAUGGUCGGCUAGGAAAAUAUCGCGCCAAUUUCCUGACCAAUCACAGGUUUAAUCUAUACAAUCCGGACUUAUUCGCAACCAGCAUUUUCGCGCCAUAGUGUUCUAAAGCGAUGACGUCGUAAAAAAUAUAAUAUUAGAAUUAAUGGGAUUUGUUGGAUAUUUUGAAAGAACAACAUCUGGAAGGUCUUCUGGCCAAACAAUCGCAUUGUGGGGUAAAUUGUCUCGGGAGAUACUGGUCCCGUUUUGCUCUGAUGACUCCAC